AUGUAGAGAUAGAAAUAAGAUUAUAUUAAAUUUAGAGAGAUGCUGAUUUAUAUUUUNAGGUUUAAGACUAAAAUUUUUGAAAAUUAACCUUUCAUUUAAUCUUAAACUUCAUCAAAUAAGGCAUAAACCAUAUUUUUUAAUUCUUAACUUCAGAGUGAAGAAAGAUAAACAAUAACCUCAUAAUUAUAAUCGAUUUAAGUUAAAAUUUUUGAUUAAAAAAACAAAUAAAGGUAAUCAGUAAAGUUAUAUUUAAAACAAAAAUUAAAUAAUAAAAGUGAGGAUUAAGGAUUGCUACCUAAAAUAGAUCAUAUUAAAUAGAGUAAUUUAGUUGCUACUUCAAUAUUAAGACCUUUAAAGAUACUUAAGACUCUUGGAGAUGAACCAAAAUCGAUUCAGAAACAAUAAAAUUUAUCAACUUUAAAACCAUCUAUACCUCAAUCUCCUUAUCUAAGCCAUUCAAAUGUAAUUAAAUAACAAGAUUAAUAAUUCUAAAUGGUUAAAUCGCCUCGAUAAUUUAUAAAAAGUUUUGCUUCGGAGAUAAUCUCACCAUAAAAAAGUUAGAAAAAUGAUUAUUUUAAAAUUAAGAAGAAUAGAAUGAUUAUAAUUUGA